AUGUUUAGGACCCAAAAUGGCAGAUACCAGACGACCACAAGACAGACAAACACCACAAGCAAAAGACAGGACAAAAACAAGACACGAAACAACCAGAGGGAGGGAGAGGAGGGAGCAAACAAAACACAACCCAAAAAGGGGCGGGCGAGGAGGGAACAGGAGACCCUGGGAGGCCGGCGACGGGGGACCAGGAGGCGGGACGAGGGAAGCCUAGGGGACCGGCGACGGGGGACCAGGAGGCGGGACGAGGGAAGCCUAGGGGGCCGGCGAUGGAGAAUCAGGAGGCGGGACGAGGGAAGCCUAGGGGGCCGGCGAUGGGGAAUCAGGAGGCGGGACCGAAGAGGCCUAGGGGGCCGGCGAUGGGGAGCCAGGAGGUGGGACCGAAGAAGCCUAGGGGGCCGGCGACGGGGAACAGGGGUCUUAGAGGAGGAGGACGAGGAAGGAACUCCGGAGCCUGGGGUGACUGGAAGGCUUGAAACUGGGAGACUUGGGGAGACUGGAAGGCUUGAAACUGGGAGACUUGGGGAGACUGAAAGGCUUGAAACUGGGAGACUUGGGGAGACUGAAAGGCUUGAAACUGGGAGACUUGGGGAGACUGAAAGGCUUGAAACUGGGAGACUUGGGGAGACUGAAAGGCUUGAAACUGGGAGACUUGGGGAGAGUGAAAGGCUUGAAACUGGGAGACUUGGGGAGACUGAAAGGCUUGAAACUGGGAGACUUGGGGAGACUGAAAGGCUUGAAACUGGGAGACUUGGGGAGACUGAAAGGCUUGAAACUGGGAGACUUGGGGAGACUGAAAGGCUUGAAACUGGGAGACUUGGGGAGACUGAAAGGCUUGAAACUGGGAGACUUGGGGAGACUGAAAGGCUUGAAACUGGGAGACUUGGGGAGACUGAAAGGCUUGAAACUGGGAGACUUGGGGAGACUGAAAGGCUUGAAACUGGGAGACUUGUGACGGGAACUCUUGAGGCUUCUGGGAACGGGGUGACGUCGACUUCAGCGCCGGAGAGGGUGACGUCGACUUCAGCGCCGGUGGGGGUGACGUCGACUUCAGCGCCGGAGGGCGUGACGUCGACUUCAGCGCCGGAGGGGGUGACGUCGACUUCAGCGCCGGAGGGGGUGACGUCGACUUUAGCGCCGGAGAGGGUGACGUCGACUUCAGCGCCGGAGGGUGUGACGUCGACUUUAGCGCCGGAGGGUGUGACGUCGACUUUAGCGCCGGAGGGUGUGACGUCGACUUUAGCGCCGGAGGGUGUGACGUCGACUUUAGCGCCGGAGGGUGUGACGUCGACUUUAGCGCCGGAGGGGGUGACGUCGACUUUAGCGCCGGAGGGGGUGACGUCUGCUUCGGGUCCCGGGGACGUGCGAUGA